AUGAUGCCCAAUCUUCCCGGAGCGUUGUAUCUGUUGCAGCAGCCAAACACAGGGAAUCCCUCGGGCCGUAGACGCGAUUAUGAUCUUCAUGCGCAGAGGUACCCAGCUACCAUGGAACAAAGCAAGAAAGGAAAACACCCUGUCAUGCGUUACGCUAUUCCUGGUAGUAAUGGUUUAACAUGGAUAAUAUAUGCAGUGAAGCAUGCGCAGCAUUGA